UUCACAGCCAAACCGCGAGAUCUAGCGAUUCUUCAUUCCUUGCGAUGGAGGUCGCCUCAGCUGUGCGCAUUCCGUCGCCGGAACCCGAGCUCCCGGAGCCACCUCGCAAGCGCGAUCGCUCACCUUUCGAGGCCGGCCCAUCGAAGCGCUCCCGUCGAGCUGACCGCGACGACGAAGACAACGACUACCCUCAGGAGAGGAGGAGGGAUCGAGAGCGAGAUAAGCGACACGACGACGAAAGGCGGCACGGUGAGAACGGCCGCCGCCGCGAUGGAGAGAGAAAUGGCGACUCCCGCCCAAAGGAUGACGUCCCCGACGAUGACCGCCUAAAGCUUUUCCAGAGUGCAUUCAGCGCAAGUCGGAAACUGCCCAUCGACGACUCCAAGACCCGAGCUGGUGGCGCGUAUAUUCCCCCAGCCCGUCUGCGCGCGAUGCAAGCUGCCAUUACCGACAAGAGUAGCCCGGAGUUCCAGCGCAUGGCGUGGGAGGCGUUGAAGAAAUCGAUCCAGGGCUUGAUCAACAAGUGCAAUGUCUCCAACAUUAAGAUGAUUGUCCCUGAGCUGUUCUCGGAGAACUUGAUUCGCGGUCGUGGGCUUUUCUGCAGGUCGAUUAUGAAGGCGCAGGCCGCGAGUUUGCCGUUCACAAACAUCUACGCUUGCAUGGUGGCCAUUGUGAAUACGAAGUUGCCGCAAGUGGGCGACUUGCUGGUACGGAGAUUGAUUGUGCAGUUCCGGAAGGCAUUCAGGCGAAACGACAAGGCGGUUGCGGUGUCCAGCUCCAUGUUCCUGUCACAUCUGGUCAACACGCAAGUCGUGCACGAGAUAUUGAUUGCGGAGAUACUGCUUCUGCUGCUGAACAAGCCUACAGAUGAUAGUGUGGAGAUUGCGGUGGGGAUUAUGAAGGAGUGUGGACAGUUUUUGGAGGAGAUGAAUAAGGCGAUUGCGAACGCCAUUUUCGAUCAGUUUCGGUCGAUUUUGCACGAGUCGGAUAUUGAUAAGAGGACACAGUAUAUGAUUGAGGUGCUGUUCCAGGUUCGGAAGGAAGGAUACAAGAAUAAUCCGGCGAUCAGGGAGGAGCUUGAUUUGGUGGAGGAGGAAGACCAGCAUACCCACCGCCACACCUUGGACGAUGAACUCAAGACUGAGGAUGGAUUGAAUAUCUUCAAGUUUGACCCGGAGUAUGAGGAGCACGAGGCGCAGUAUCAGAAGCUCAAGGCGGAGAUUCUUGGGGAAGAAGAAGGAAGCGAUGCGGAGUACACCGAUGCAUCGUCCGAGGAGGAGGAAGAUGAGGAAGAGAAAGCCAUGGAGAUCAAGGAUCAGACCAAUGCGGAUCUCGUCAGCUUGCGCCGUACCAUCUACCUCACGAUCAAGAGCAGUGGAGGAUUUGAAGAAGCAUGCCACAAGCUUAUGCGUAUCAACCUUCCUCAUGGCAUGGAGAAGGAGCUCACUUCCAUGAUCGUGGAGUGCGCCAGCCAGGAGCGGACGUACGAGAGGUUCUAUGGGAUGAUUGGGGAACGGUUCUGCAAGUUGAAUCGGAUGUGGUGUGAUCUUUUCGAAGAGGGAUUCGUGCACUAUUACGAGACUAUCCAUCGUCUGGAGACGAAUCGUCUACGCAUUGUUGCCCAGUUCUUCGCACAUUUGCUGGUUACGGACGCGAUUGGAUGGCACGUCCUGUCCGCGAUCAAGCUGAACGAGGAGGACACGACUUCCAGCUCCCGCAUCUUCAUCAAGAUCCUCUUCGAAGAGCUGAUGGCUUCGCUCGGCCAGAAGAAGUUGGUUGAACGCCUGAAGGACCCUAUGCUACAAGACUAUCUCACCGGCGUCUUCCCGACCGAUGCGGACGACCAGAACAAGACGCGCUUCUCCAUCAACUUCUUCACGGCCAUUGGUAUGGGCAUUCUCACGGAGGGCAUGCGCGAGUGGCUCAAGAAUGUGGCGCCUAAGCCUGCGCCGUUACCGGAACCGGAAAGCGAGUCGGAGUCUGAGAGCGUCUCGUCGUACUCUUCAUAUUCUUCCCGCUCAAGGUCAAGGUCACGGUCGCCUGUGCGGCGCAGGCGGGAUUCGGGAUCGAGCUCAAGGGGUCGCUCGUAUUCCAGGAGCAGGUCUCCUCCUCCUCCUCGUCGUCGUAGGUACUCUAGCAGUUUGUCUAGGUCGCCGUCACGGUCCCCCGUCCCCCGUCACCGCAGGCGCGAGUCUAGCAGUCCAUCCAGGUCGCCGUCCCCCGCUCCCCGACGCAGGCGGUUCUCUAGCAGCCCAUCUAGGUCGCGAUCGCCGCCUCCGCGCCGCAAGCGGGACGUUAGCAGCCCAUCUAGGUCUAGGUCACGAUCCCCUGCUCCCCGUCGUAGGCGCGACAGUAGCAGUCCACCGCCGAGGAGGAGGAGGUACUCCAGCUCAGAGCGGUCGAGAUCCCCUCCGCCGAGGAGGAGAAGGUACUCUAGUUCUGAACCAUCGAGAUCUCCGCCGCCAAGGAGGGGUGGGGGAAGAUAGGGUAAUCAGUGUGGGAACUGAGGGAAUAGGAAACGUAUGAAGCGGUUGAUGGUGGAUGAGGGUUUUAUGUCUCUGUAUCGGAAUCAAAGCGUCUGGUGUUGGGGUGCCUGAAGUCCUACGGUAAUUGUGAAAGUGGACCUCAUCAAUUUGCGUUGCAAUAUCAUCAAUAUCAGGCAUAUUUAGCAGUAUCUUC